AUGACGAUUCCUUACGUAGAUUUUCCACAUAUCACUGGGGCCACGAAAUGCGAGCUAGACUCCGACUUACUCCAAAUGAUGGAGGGGAGCGUGCCAGCCUCAUCGCGCGAAAUUACAGCCAGCAUAGGGACAUCCUGGAACCCUGUACUCGGCGAAUCAUAUAUCAGGAAACCGCCCGCGACAGAAGAAAAGCAGACGACAUCACGCGCAGGAGCGGUCUUCCCGGAGCGCCAGCCAGGGGAAGAUGAGGCGGUCGGCCUCCUUAAGGUCUUCAUGCCCAGUCAACGUGCAUUGUGGCUGGAUGGAACCUAUGCGGCACACUGCCUGGAGGGCCUCCCAUACCCUCUCAACGACCCCAUUUUCGUGGGGAAGUACGUCAAGCCCAUAUUCGACGACAACAGACGGCAGUCAGGAGAGAAAGGCGUUGAUGCCAUAUUUGGAUGCGAGAAACUCGCCCGCAGCAUUGUCGGCAUGGUUGCCUCUGUCGACAAAGAGUUCGCCAAGGUGCAACAAUGGUACGCCAAUGAUGACCUUAAGGGGGAAGUUCCCUCGAUCGAGGAGCGUCCUGCGGUCGAGAAGCUCUCCCAACUCAUCGCCAACCUUGCCAACGUUGGAGAGGUGGAGGACGCCACCGCCAGCGAAGAUGAGUUCGGCAAAGGAAAGAGGAAGGUUUCCAAGGACAAGGCCAAGGCCAAGCCGAAGUUUUUGACAUAUGACCGCCCUUCUGAUUUUACCCGUGUAAGGAAAGCAUGCGCAGUGACGCGGAGGGCGUAUGACCAGGUCGUCCACAGAGACAGCAAGCCUUGUAGUCAUCUACGAUUUCGCAAGGCUUUGGCUGAGGCGAGGGCUACGAGAAGAUUGGAAGAGAUGGCCCUGGGAGUCGUAGCAGCACCGUUGCCGCAGGUCAGGAGGAGCGUAGUAUCUCUGCCCAGUGUUCAAGCAGCUAUGAAGAAUGAAGCUGAGCUAGUCUUUGGUGCCGAUGAUGAUACUGGCGGUGAUGGACAUACGAAGGUCUUGUUGGGUUGGUAA